AUAAAACAGGAAAGGGGCGAUGACAAGAUUUGGCUGUAAACUCGUUAAGAACUUUAGUGACACUGAUCUUCUUUUCUAAUAUGGUGCUGUUUCACCGUCGUCUAAAGCGUCAUCCUGAAACCAGCUCACACGCCUUCCUUUCCCGUUUGCCCAACCCCCCGCGCCAUCAAACCUUCUCCCUCGCUCUCACCCCAACAUGACUACAAGAAUCAACGCUCCUGAGCAUCACGGGAGUUGUAGUUCCCGCCUCGCUAGCACGUUUGAGAAGGCGAGGCUUCAGCAAAAUACAACUCCCAUCUCGACCUUCGCACGCCGAGCCCCGUCGUCCAAUCUGAAUAUGUGGGAGGAGCGCGUCCGCCCACAAAAGCCACAGCUAUCUCCCCGUUAUCGUACCCAAUUGUGCACGAAUUAAAGAGAAUAGGCUGAAAAUACAAACGCAGGUGGCGGCUCGUUUCAGGUACGCGGCGGACGGCGACGAGACGUCCGCGCGUCGUGUGUCGUCGGGGGAAGAAGCGGCGGGUGACAAGAGGCAGGAGCAGCGAGGAGGGUGUUGUCCUGGUGCUUAAAUGGAAGUGGGUGGGCCUCCACGGUCACACACCGCCAACUUCUCUGUGGCCAUCGUUCUGACAAGCACAAAUUAGCUCGUUUAUGGACUGCCUGUUCGGCGACAGCGACAGAAGACGGGGGCAGCGAGGAGUCCGAAGGUGCAAAGACGGUCACGGCGCGUGCUGUUGUACCCCUUAUUUUCGGGGGGCUGCUUGAUUGUGCCUCCGCUUGGCACCGCCCUUCCUGGCUGGUGGGUGGUUUCGUCAAACGGGCUGAUCCGCGACGGCCCAGAGCCGAACAUAUAGGCCGUCCUCCGCCUCUGUACCCGGCCGGCCUUCUACCGUGAACUACACCCUCUCCCUCUCGGUAUAUUAAUGCGUUAUGAGUGACUCGAAGAAGGAAUCAUCUGGAACAGAAGGAGGGAAAGCAUCUAAACGGGGCAAAAGUUCAGGAUCGCAGGAUUCCUCUCAGCCGUCUCCGCUGGCUCUGCUAGCAGCCACCUGCAGUAAGAUCGGAGGGCAGGGGGGAGCAGAGGGGUCCCAGGCCCAAGCAGGUGCCCAGCAGAUCCAAGUCCAGGCCAGUCAGAUCCAGCUCCAGGCGGGUCAGCUUCAGGGUCAGAUCGUGUUGGACGCAGCCGGGGGCCAGGCCCUGGUGCCCCAGCAGCUAGAACUGAUCCCUGCUCAGUUCACGGGGAACGGCUGGCAGAUCAUUACGACAGCGCCAACGAUGGCCAAGGAGAACACCAGUCAGCCUGUUGCUGUGACGGUGGCUAGCACUCUGGCCAAUGACAGCUCACCUGGAGGACGCAAGCUGAAAACAACAAGUGGCACCAACAGUAUCCCAGCCAAUCAGCAGCAGCAGCAAUUCCAGAUCAUCCAGGUUCAGAACCUGCCCAAUGCUGGAGGCGGCGUCCAGUAUCAGGUCAUCCCUCACCUGCAGACUGCUGAUGGACAGCAGAUCCACAUCAACCCUCAGCCGGCCUCCAUCGGGGCCCUGUCUGAGCAGGUGCAGCUCAUCCAGACCCCAAACUCAGGCCAGGCCCAGGCCAUUCUCCAACCAGCCAACCAGCAGGCUAUUCUACCAAGCACAGCCAAUCAGACGGUCCCGUUGCAGAUCCGUCCCGCACAGACUUUUCCCAUUCAGCUUCAGACGCUGCAGGGCUCCCAGACUCCCGUUAUGACGACCGUACCCAUAAACCUCGGCGGCAUGACUCUGGCUUUGCCGGUAAUCAACAACGUGGCGGGGAGUGGGGCAGUGCAGCUCAUCCAAUCGGCAGAUGGCACGUUCUCUGUCGCUAACGGCAACCAACUGGUGACGACGGCAAUGCCGGGAGGAGUACCCACGGCACCCGGCGCCGGGUCGACGCCAAUGGCAGCCGAAGGGGACGGUGCGUCAGAUGGCGCUCAGGGGGUCGCGGCCGCACCUGACAGCACCCCCGAUAACACCCAGGUACAGAGCAGCGAGGCGGACUCCCAGAGCCAGAACCAGGCCAACGGGCUCCAGAACCAGUCGGACGCGGCGGGAACCAUCCAGCAGGUGAUCGUGGGCCAGGUGGGACACCAGCUGGUGCAGCAGAUCCAGCUGCAGCCCCCCGCUCAGAGUCAGGGUCAGACGCAGAACCAGCAGCAACCACAACACAUUCAGACCCUCCAGCUGGCGCCUGGACAAACCCUGCAGCCCAUCCAGGCCUUCCAGAACCCGGCGCAGGUUCUUAUCCGCGCUCCCACCCUGUCCUCCUCUGGGCAGAUCACCUGGCAGACCAUCCAGCUGCCCGGCGGGGUCUCCUUGCAGGGCGGCCUGGGGGCGGCGGUGCCACAGCAGCUGACUCUGGCUCCGGUGGCCGGUGGGACGGCAGUAGGGGGCGGGGGACUGGUGUCCCUGAGUGGAGCCCCCCUGACGCUGAGCGCGGCCCAGAUCAACCCGGGUUCAGGCGUCCAGACGGUCAGCAUCGCUGGACUUGGCACUGCAGGGGUUCAGGUGCAGGGUGUUCCUCUCACCAUCACUGGUCUACAGGGUCAACCACAGAGUCAGGACGCGGUUAAAGUUCAGCCUUCUCCUGUGACGGUCACUGUCGGCAGCGUGGCCUCGGGUUCGUCAGUGAGUCCAGACCAGCUCGGCUCCGUUCAGAGUUCUUCGGACCAGGAGGGACCGCCCAGCAAGAGGCUACGACGCGUUGCCUGUUCCUGUCCAAACUGCAGGGACGGAGAGGGAAGGAACAGCGGAGACCCGACCAAGAAAAAGCAGCACAUCUGCCACAUGGAGGGCUGCGGGAAGGUGUACGGCAAGACGUCUCACCUGAGGGCCCACCUGCGCUGGCACACCGGCGAGAGGCCGUUUGUCUGUAACUGGAUCUUCUGUGGGAAGAGGUUCACCCGUAGCGACGAGCUGCAGAGACACCGGAGAACACACACUGGAGAGAAGCGUUUCGAGUGUCCUGAAUGCUCCAAGCGCUUCAUGCGCAGCGACCACCUAUCAAAGCACAUCAAGACUCACCAGAACAAGAAGGGCGGCGCCGCCGUCGCCAUAAUCACCACUGACGACAUGGAGGAGGACCCUCCCGAAGGUCUGGCAGAAUCCCCCCAGAUUGUCGCCGUGGGAACCCUCACGCGGGACUCUGAACCCGCUACGCCCACCACCUCCAACCACCUGGAGGAAGAAGAGGAGGAAGAGUUUGAAUAGACAAAUCGGAAGUUCCUGAUAUUUUUUUUUUGCUGUUGUUGUUGAUUUUUGGAGGCGUUUGCAGGGACUUUUGCAUAAUUUUAAAAUUGUUUUCUUAUAAAAAGGAACUUAAAAGAGGAUCAUUUAAUGGUCGUGAAGUGGACAAAAAAUAUAUAGACAAUACAAUCUGAAGAAAACUAACAUAUAAUGAAAUAUUAGUUUGGCUUUUAUGUAAUAAUCUAUAACAUUUCCAUGUGCAUUGAGGGGACAGAAUGUAAGUAAGAUGAGCACAAGACAGGGGGACCUGAGGAAAGUAAAACCAUCCAACAGUGAGAGGCAUUUUCUUAACAAGAAUCCAACUCUAUGCACAAAGAUGUGUUCCUGUUUCAUACCUGUCUGACAGUGCUGAGGUCAAUCAUGGUACAGGGCGGUUGCAGAGCGGCAACAGCGCAGGGGCAGUCUGGGACAUUGUGUGUGUAUGUCUGUGUGGAUAAGUGUGAUCCGUGCAGAUGAGUGUGUGUGUGUGUUUGUGUUCCCGUUCUGCUCCAAAGAUGAUCUACCUAUGGUGAGUUUUAUUCAAGGUUCAGGUUCAGUCCUCAGAUCAGAUUCAGGUGUUGAUUUGUUUGAUUAGUCAACAAAUUAUUCUUAAAGAGGAAAUUCUAAAAGAGAAGAAGAGUAGCGGGGGGAAAAAAAGCACAUAUAAAAAAAAAAGAUUUAUAAAUAAUGCAUUCCUUAUUGAAGCGCAGUGGCCAUUAGAAUACAAAUAAAAGGUUUCUAUAGAGAGAGAGAAAAAAACAAUCUAGCUUUCUACAACUUUGUUUGUGUAGGGAAAGCAAUACUUUAAUGACAAUCCUUGUGAAACCAUGUUUACAUUGUCAGGGCAAGUUUUCGUUGUUGAUGCGAUGAGCCGGUUUGUUUCGAGAAUCAGAAAGGAAGUGCUACCGUUUGAGCAAACCCGAGAGCUCGCAGUCGUCGGACGACUGGCUUUCGGCAUCAGAGCUGCAUCAUCGGUUUUUACACGGCCUGGCGACGGUUUUCUCAGGCGGCAGCAACGUCACUGAUGCUACUUGGUGCUUCUUGUGCUUUGGUGAACCACAGCGCAAGCAGCUGAAGUAGCUAAGAGCUACAGUUGAGUUAAGCUGUUUAGCAAUGUGGAUGUAAUAUUUUUUUGUUGAUGUUGCUCUGUGUUAGUUCAGUGCGUACCUUCUUUGAAUUAAAAAAAAAACAACAACUUUAUUUUAAAGAAUUUGAAUUUUUUUUAAAGCCCCUUUUCAGGUGUGUGGACACAGGACCCCAUUGUGUAUGGCUAAUUUAUUAUUUAUCCUUUGAUUUGUAAUAUUUGCCUUUUGCUGGACUUGUAUUUGUGUGCGUUGGUUCUAAGGUUGUGUACAGCAUGUUUCAGUUCUUGCCGUAGUGCUGCUUUUCUCUUCUUCAGUCUGCUCUUUAAUUAAAUUUUUUUUUUCUUUGUGCCAUAAUGUGUUUUUGGGAGAAAAAAAUAAAAUAAAGAAGAAAGCAAAAAAAAAAAAUUGUCUAAAGCUAAAAAGAUUGAUACCAAACAAAUUUAGAUGUUUUUAAAAUCUUUUUUGUGUGACAACUAACUUUUCUUUUCUAUUUUGUAGUGACAUCUCAUUUGUAAAAUCUUUUUCUAAAGAUGUUUGUUUGUCUCCAUGACAUUUGAUAAUGGGUUUUUGCCAGGUUAGCCUUAAAGGCUCCAGUUUAUUGAUAUUUUUAAAACUGGUUUGUACAAAUGUGUUAUGUCAGCAAAAAAAAAAAGAGACUGAAAAAGAGAUAACUUCAAGCAGAAAACAUGCUAUGCCUGCUUAACACUUGACAAUAAAGUGAGUCUUACAUUUCUUCA